ACAACUACAAAAAAAAACAAUACACAAAGUACUCGAAAAUUUUAAAGAAAACCAAAAAAAAAAAAUAAUUGAACAACAUCGGAAGACAAUUGUCAAGUUAUCAUCAGUGGAAGCAGCUACCACCAUGGACAAGCCCCAGGAAAAACGGGUCUACAAACUCGUGCUCACAGGCGGUCCCUGUGGUGGAAAAACUACAGGUCAGAGCCGCCUAUGCACGUUCUUCGAAAACUUAGGAUGGAAGGUAUUCCGCGUACCUGAGACCGCAAGUGUACUACUCAGUGGCGGCGUCAAAUUCAGUGACCUCAAUGAAGAUGAAGGUGAUCAGAUGAAGAAAAACAGUUCGUGCAAACAUUGCCUUUCAACUGCUUCACCAACGAAUGAUGCUCUGGUAUUUCAAGAAAAUUUGCUGAAGACAAUGAUUCAGAUUGAGAACACGUUUUUCGAGCUUGGAAGGACGUGCAAGAGGAACUGCCUCAUCAUCUGCGAUCGCGGCGCGAUGGAUGCCUCAGCUUUUAUCUCGAAGGAUAAAUGGGAGAAGAUCAAGCGCGACAACGGUUGGAACGAUGUCGAGCUGAGGGACAACAGAUACAAUCAGAUCAUCCACAUGGUCUCGGCGGCAAACGGAGCAGAGGAAUUCUAUACGACCGAAGAUCAUUCGUGUCGUUCAGAAGGAGUCGAACUUGCGAAGGAGCUGGAUCACAACGCUGCGACAGCCUGGGUCGGUCAUCCGUACUACGAUGUGAUCGACAAUUCAACAGAUUUCGAAGGAAAGAUGCGUAGAAUGGUCGGCUCCGUAUGUCAGAAGAUGGGUCUGGACACAGGCGAUCGUCUCCUCAAGAACUCCAGAAAACUCAAGUUCCUGGUCAACGGUCCUCUGCCCGCCGACGAGAAGUUCCCGCGCUUCCAAGACUUCGAGGUGGUCCACACGUAUCUCCAAUCGAACUCCCCCAACCAGGUCAGGCUACGGAAAAGGGGCCAAAAAGGAUAUUUCAGCUAUAUCCACACGAUGCGGCGUCAGAGGCAGGCCGGAGGUCAGGUGAUCGAGGUUAAGACGCAGAUCACCCACAGGGAUUACAUCAAUCUGUUAGCGCAGAAGGAUAAAUCGCAUCUCACCAUUUACAAGAAGCGCAGAUGCUUCCUCGUCAACAAUCAGUAUUUCCAGUUGGACAUCUACGAGGAGCCGACGCAUCCCAGGUGCAAAGGUCUGAUGCUCCUCGAGACGUAUUCAGCGUUGGAUGAGGUCACGCUGAGGAAAUGCCUUCCGGGAUUCCUGAACAUCGUCAAGGAGGUGACCGGCAAUUCGGACUUCUCCAUGUACAAUCUGUCGUUGCGCGAGGACUGGAAAACAUCAAAAAAGUAUUGGAGAUCUGAUGCUGAUCAGCAACAACAACAGCAACAGCAGCAACAACAACCAGAGCCAAGGACUAACGGUCUUCCGAACGGUUUAGAAGUCUACAAACUCCUAAGCGAGAACAAGCCGCACAUCAACGGCUCCGCCGGUCUUCUGAAAUGCUGAACCGUCACAAAAACCAUUCGGCAACUUUAUAGAUGAUACAGAACAUCCUAACUCUAUUUUUGUACAGUUUUAAAUUUUGAUCAGCAAACAACAGCAGCAAACAAUUAAUAACUGAAUAUCGGAAGAAACGUUGCCUAAUCCCAAAGGUACACAUCUUAUUAUUAAUAAUAAUAAUAUUAAUUAAUAUUUAAACUAAAUUAGAUUCCAUUAAUAACUGUUAGCGAGUUUUUAAACAUCGGACGAACCUUAGCUAGUUUCUUCAGAGUAUUAACGUAGCUGUGUAUAAAUACAAAGACACACACACAUGAAACACCCCAUCAAUACUAUUUAGUCGUUGUUUAGUUCUACCGUUUCUUUUGUUUUUUUCCACCCUUUUAGCGUCUCUUAGGAUUUAUUUAUUUAGAAAAUGACCUGGAGUUAAAACGAAACUUGCUUCAAAUUUACUUCUUUUUUUUUUGUUCUUUGGUGUCACCACAAAACUUACUAUAUAUACUUCCGACCUCAACCUGCGGUCAGAGCAAAUUGUUACCUUCCAAAAUAGGAAAGAAGAAUUAUAUUUAAAUAAUUAAUUGUGAUUAAAAAAAAA